AUGGAGUCAUCUUUCUCAUUUGGAGUGAUCCUUGCUAUCCUGGCCUCCCUCAUUAUUGCUGCUAAUGCCCUAGUGGUCAUGGCUGUGCUGUCGUUGAUCCACAAGAAUGAUGGUGUCGGUCUCAGCUUCACCUUGAAUCUGGCUGUGGCUGACACCUCGCUUGGCCUGGCCAUCUCUGGCCUAGUCACAGACCAGCUCUCCAGCGCGGCUCGGCCCACACAGAAGACCCUGUGCAGCCUUCAGAUGGCAUUUGUCACUUCUUCUGCAGCUGCCUCUGUCCUCACGGUCAUGCUGAUUGCCUUUGACAGGUACCUUGCCAUCAAGCAGCCCCUCCGCUAUUUCCAGAUCAUGAACGGGCUCAUGGCCGGGGCCUGCAUUGCCGGGCUGUGGUUGGUGUCUUACCUCAUUGGCUUCCUCCCACUCGGGGUCCGCGUAUUCCAGCAGACCGCCUACAAGGGGCCCUGCAGCUUCUUCGCUGUGUUUCACCCGCGCUUCGUGCUGACCCUCUCCUGCGUUGGCUUCUUCCCAGCCCUGCUCCUCUUUGUCUUCUUCUACUGUGACAUACUCAAGAUUGCUUCCAUGCACAGCCAGCAGAUCCGCAAGACAGAGCAUGCAGGAGCCCCAGCCGGGGCUCACCGGCCCCCACGGACCCCCAGUGACUUCAAGGCUGUCCGCACUGUGGCCAUUCUCAUUGGCAGCUUCACUCUGUCCUGGACCCCGUUCCUUAUCACUAGCAUUGUGCAGGUGGCCUGCCAGGAGUGCCACCUCUACCCAGUGCUGGAACGGUACCUGUGGCUGCUUGGUGUGGGCAACUCCCUGCUCAACCCACUCAUCUAUGCCUAUUGGCAGAAGGAGAUACGGCAACAGUUCUCCCAGAUGGCCCUGGGAAUGAAGAAGGGGCUCGCCGCAUUCCUCCUCCUUCUCUCAGCCAGGGAUGGUGGCCCACAGGGGCCCAGGGAAAGUGCCCGUCACAUCACCACCAUCUCCCACUCAGAGCUUGACGGCUAA